CACUCAAUCAUUACAAAAACCAUUAUAACAAAGAUGUUAAGGUUCAUGUAAAGUGUUUGGAAACCACCCCUCGGGUGAAUUUUGAUUUUUGAAAUUUAUUCUUCAAAGCUCGUUGCUAUUUAUUAUAAAUACUCUGAAUUUUUCAGAGGAAGUAUGGAAUACAUUAUACAAAGAUGCAAGAUUCGAACAAGAGUGGCGAUGAUAUACUUUACCAGACACAGCACCAAAUUUUCAUGCGCCUGCUUCCUGUUAUUGUUUGUAUUGCGAUUCUGGGCGCUGUUGGGAUCAUCGGCAACAUUUUAGCGAUAAUCUUUUACACAACAGAGUCGAAACGAACCACGAGUGUCAACUUGAUAAUAAGCCUUUCAAUAGUAGACUUUAUGGUGUGUUUACUGGUUAUCCCAAAUCUUGUUGAGGUAAUUUUAAACGUGGGAAACAGUCAAAGGUUACUCUGCAAGGUGACACAUUUUCUAAGUCGGUGGACCAUCGCUAGUUCAUGUAUUCUGUUAUGGGUCAUUUCAAUAGACAGGCAUAGAAGAAUAUGUAAACCUUUUGCUAAACAGAUCACAAUCCAUGCAGUCAAAUAUAUAGUUGCUGCUAUCAUCAUACUUUCAUUUGCACUGUCAAUUAGGAAUGUGAUCAUUUAUGACACAGUUGCUAUGAAACUUUCAACAUCAAGUAUUAACAGGACUACAAUUGGAUAUUACUGUACAAUUACGGACGAUCCAGACUUAAAGAUUAUCGUUUCUUCUUUCUAUGCACUUGAUUUUCUUCUUAUCUUAGUAGCUUUGGUUACCAUCAUUGUGACAUAUUCGAAUGCAAUUUUCAUCUUAAUGAAGCAGAGACAUAAAAUGAAGCGGGGACCGCCAAUACUGCAACACACGUACAACAACAAACGCGAAUUGAGCAUAAUUGAGACAAGCUGCCGCGCAUAUGAUGUCGACGGCGGUAGUGACUGGAAUAUUUCAGAAGACCUUGAUGCAUCAAGAGAGCUGUAUAAGGAAAGUUCACAUAGAUAUAAUGAUGAUAAUACUUAUUCGUCUCUGGAUAGAAAACAUCAGCCGCUUUCCGUCUGCAAUUUAACCAAGCGAAAUGCAGAUGACAUAAUAAAUUCUUAUGUCAAACUCGUCGCAGUCAAAAGUGUCAUAGAACGGAAUCUUACCAUUAUGAUGUUUGCGGCAUCAAUUGUUUUCAUUCUAAGUUUUACACCUUUCUUUGUGACAAAAGUAAUUAUGAGAAUUUAUCUUGGUGCUGGGAUAGAUUACGAGCUGAAAACAGGAAUCCAGUUUGCAUUAAGAUCACCAGUUAUGAAUAGUGUCUUCAAUCCAGUCAUUUACUGUGUUUUCAAUUCCAAGUUUAGAAAGUUCUUAAAAUGUGGGUUUUGGCGAUUUUGACAAAAAAUGAAUGCAAGGCUGGUGUGAUCCAUGUUAGAAGUAAAAAAUGGAGUGAUUACUUUAAAUACUGACCUGAACAACUAACAGACUGAAAUUUCAUUCUCCCGGAAUAUAUUAUGCAAGUAUGAUAGUGGAAAAUAUGAAAAUAAAUCAUGUAUAUAUUCAAAGAGCU